ACUCGCCUUGCAGAGGCAGAGGCGAAACACCGAGAGCAUCCUCUGUUAAACCCAAUACUCUACUUGUUGAUUCGCUCCCGGAGUGGUGCACAGGGCAGAUUUGUUCAUUAUUAUACCUGUAUACCUAACAUUUUCAACAUGUCGGUGCGUAACCCAUGAUGUCUCCAUCAGUUCCCUAACGAGCGUCGGAGACCUUGACAGGCUUAAUAAGUUGUAACGCACUUACUUAUGAAAUGUUGCCGUCGGUCACUGAAGUGAAUGGGGAAAUAAGGAAGACACCCACAAGAAACGCAGGGGGGCCCUGAUGCUGUCAUCUUCAAGACAAUGUCUUCUUAAUCUACCACACCUGCGUCUUCCAAUCUUUUUUCAAGUAAUCAACUGACUUGAGCGAAGAUGAUCAAGACAGGGGCACGGAUAGGCACCACGGUGCCACCGGACACCAUCGACAUCAUUCGUAUCAAAACCCAUACCCGGAAAGUGAGACUCAAUGUCGGGGGGCUUCUGCACGAAGUUAUGUGGAGGACGUUGGACAGGCUGCCCCGCACCAGGCUGGGCAAACUGAGGGACUGUAACACCCACGACUCUAUCAUGGAGAUAUGCGACGACUACAGCUUGGAUGAGAACGAGUACUUUUUCGACAGACACCCGGGCGCCUUCACCUCGAUUCUGAACUUCUACCGCACUGGAAAGUUGCACAUGAUGGAGGAAAUGUGCGCCCUCUCGUUCAGCCAAGAGCUGGACUUCUGGGGGAUCGAUGAGAUCUACCUGGAGUCCUGCUGCCAGGCCAGGUAUCACCAGAAGAAGGAGCAAAUGAACGAAGAGCUUAAACGAGAGGCCGAAAACAUGAGGGAGAGGGAUGGAGAGGAGUUUAGUCCCACAUGCUGCUCGGAGAAAAGAAAGAAACUCUGGGACCUCUUGGAGAAGCCAAGCUCAUCGUUUGCUGCUAAGAUCCUGGCCAUUAUCUCCAUCCUCUUCAUUGUGUUGUCCACCAUUGCCUUGUCUCUGAACACGCUUCCAGAGCUGCAGGACACAGAUGAGUUUGGUCAAGCCUCCGACAACCCACAACUGGCGCAUGUGGAAGCCGUGUGCAUCGCCUGGUUUACAAUGGAGUACCUGCUCCGCUUUCUUUCCUCCCCUGACAAAUGGAAAUUUUUCAAGGGUCCUCUAAACGUCAUUGACCUGCUGGCCAUCCUGCCCUACUAUGUCACCAUCUUCCUGACAGAAUCCAACAAGAGCGUGCUGCAAUUCCAGAAUGUCCGCAGGGUGGUGCAGAUUUUCCGGAUCAUGAGGAUAUUGCGUAUUCUGAAGCUGGCCCGUCACUCCACCGGCCUUCAGUCGCUGGGGUUCACCCUUAGGAGGAGUUACAAUGAGCUCGGCCUGCUUAUCCUCUUCCUCGCCAUGGGCAUCAUGAUAUUCUCCAGUCUAGUGUUCUUUGCUGAGAAGGAUGAAGAGGACACCAAGUUUAAAAGCAUCCCAGCUUCCUUCUGGUGGGCUACCAUUACCAUGACCACAGUCGGCUAUGGAGAUAUUUACCCCAAAACUCUGUUGGGAAAGAUAGUUGGGGGGUUGUGCUGCAUUGCAGGAGUACUGGUGAUUGCCUUGCCUAUUCCCAUUAUUGUGAAUAACUUUUCUGAGUUCUAUAAAGAGCAGAAGAGGCAGGAAAAGGCCAUCAAACGACGCGAGGCCCUGGAGAGGGCUAAGAGAAAUGGUAGCAUUGUUUCUAUGAACAUUAAAGAUGCUUUUGGCCACAACUUGGAGCUCAUGGAUGUAAUGGUGGAUAAAACUGAUGAAAGGAAGGAGAGGAUUCGUGAUAAUCAUGUAUCUCCGCAGAGAGGGACCCCAAGACAUAGGUCACCGAUCAACCCCAGCAGCCCUGCAAAGACCCUUGACCCGAACUACCAGGAGCAGGCUAAGCCCUUCGGCAGCCCUCAGCAUCUCAGUGCACAGAAACUGGAGGAGAUGUACAACAAAAUGACCAAUGCCCAGGACCAAGCCAACACUAACACCAAGGAAAAGGGGCAGCAGGCCAAACCAAUCAGACGGAGAUCUGAAUUUGAGAUGGGAAGUAUCCCUGCCGAAGCUGCCGAAGCUGCUGAAGCUGCCUCAAGCACGGUGGAGGUGGUGACGGACAUGAAGAGUAUGUCCAGCGCUGACAGCUUCAUCAGCUGUGCCACUGAUUUCCCUGACAGUUCCCGCUUUUCUCACAGCACCGGCAGCACCAUGGUGGGGAAGGUCAGCACCAAUCCCCGCCUGGAGUCCACACCGGAAAAUGAACAAGAGGGUUCACAAGGCACCACUAGACGCCCGGCAGGAGAAGAUACAAAGCUCAGUUCAUAUUCUGACAGUCCCAAGGACCCACACUUAAAAAUCCCACUCAGGAGUCAGUCGGCGAAAGUCAGAGAUGCUGAGGAGCCGGGGACAGGUGUCCUCUCAGACAGCUCGUCGGUGCAGAGCCCUGAAGCCUCAGUCUACACCACUGCCAGCAGCAGGACCCCCAGCAAGAGCCCCGACAAUUUACACCCUGGCCUCUUCACAUUCCAUGAUGCAUCAAUCAAUAAGUUCAUUGAUGCUGACACAGAUGAGGAAGAGCACCUGCAUGAUGGCGCCAUCGCAACCCAAAGACUCCUGGAGAAAACUAGCUUUCAGCAGGGUCUCAACCACAUGGAGGGCCUCCAACGGAAGCUGGGGAACAGCAUGUUGCCGUUGGAGGGGCAGGAAAACCACGUAUCUCAGGAACUUCAGCCAUUCCAGGGAGAAAAUAGUCCCUCCAACUCCUAAAGUUACUAUGAGGAGAUAGGGAAACAGAAGAGCUGAGCAAAUAACAAGCACAAUGAACUUCCCACAAAAUAUGAAAGACACUGUGAACAUUUGGAGGACUAUUUGAGGAAAUAAUACACAAUGCUUCUACAGUGAACACGAAACAGUUUUGGAUGAUGGGAAGCAUCUCUGCUCUUAAAGUUUUUCCAACAAAUGACUUCCGAUUAAAUCAAUGAAGCAGUGAGCUACCAACAUGGAAUUAAAGGAAUGCCGUUUGAAAAUUUGUACAAUUUAUAUAUUUGUUUUAGCCCAGACUAUGAUCUAACUAUCACACUCUAAUUGUAGAAGCAUGGUAUGUUUUUUUUUAUAAGCAACAACCUACUUUUAUGACAUCUCUGGAUAUCACUUUAGAGCCACUGCAGUAAAGACUGUCAGAUUAGUAGCAUUCCACAAAUGGCAUUGAAACAAGGCACAUUCAGGGCAGAUAUUUCAAAUUUUGCAGUAUGAAACAUAAUCCUGCAUUUUUUUUAAUUCCCUACAGUGUAUAUUUAUAUACAGUGUAUACUACAAAGGCAAAGAAGGGUUGAUAUUAUGUUUGCUUUAACUUCCUCCUUCAAAACUGGCCUUAGUUCAUUUUGUCUCCCAUGUUUUAUGUUUGAAAGAGGAAGAGAGAGAAAGCCUGAGGCCGACAGACCAGCACGUACGUGUGAGUGUCUGUGCAAUUAUAUCCUUUAACGUGUAGUCUAUUUGUUGUUAUGCAGCAUUUGUGGUCUUUUUUAGUGUGACCUUUAGCAGAAUCAAGUGUUUCAGUCUGUUUCAGUUCAAGAGUUUGGUUUCUGUGGUACGUUGACAUUUUUACUGCACAGAAUGCAGACAGACGACACACAGAGAAACUGUGUUGUUUCAUACAUCAUUAUACCAUUUGUUCCCACCGGGGCCAACUGCUGGCAACAAAGACUACAUCAAAGAGAUCAUUAUUUCCAUCGUCAACACAGAUGGAAAAUGUGGUUUGUUAGUGUACUUCUCUUGUUUGUUUCUAAGUGUUUGAGAUUAACGUUAUCAGAUUUCAUUUUCAAGCAAAAUCUACUGCAGUUUAAUUUUUUUUUUUAACAAAGUCAACGACAAACAAACAAACUUUGCAUUACUUGACAGUGCUCUCGAGUUUCACUACACCUGUAAAGGCAGCAGUGAAAAUCACGUGGAUUUCUGCCUGCAGAUCUUCCAGUUGUGUAAAAGUGUGAAUAUUGUACAUCUAUAAUUACAAAAGUAGAACCUGCUACAAAAAUCCAUAUAAAUUGUACAAUAUAAAUGUACAAUAAGAAAAUACUAUAUAUUUUUAAGCUGUUUUCUAAAAGAAGGAUCACUUAGACAAAUACUUUAUGCUAACCUCAUAGAUUUGCAUUUCAGUCGACUUUAUGUGCUGCAUUACUUUGAAGGAGCUUCAUUUCUUGUAUUCUCUGGUAGAUACUGUAUAUGUAGUGUUUGAUACCUGUAAACACCUGUCCCUCUGUAUUAUGUGCAAUGUGAAAAACCAAAGAAUUAUGUUAUUUGUCAACUAAUACAGAUUCUAAUAUGUUUUCAUGUUUUAUCUCAAAAUGUUUUAGCAUCCUUUCCUAAACAGCAGAAUCUGGCCUAUUCCAGAGAGCCAUACUUGCUCACUUGAGACUAACAUGUACAGUCGUGUGAUAAAAAAGAGGGCGCUUGUGGUUUCAAUGUAUCGAAACAUAAUAAAAAGAAAAUAAAAUACAAAAUCUGGUUCUUAGCAGGUCUCAAAAUUUGUUCACGUGACAUAUUAAACCAAGUUGUUAAGCUGAGCCAAAAUGCAGACGUGUAGGAACAGCGUACCCGCUAUGAUUGAGCAGCUUGUGGAACAAUCUUUAACAGCAAUAACUGAAAGAAACCAUUUUCUGAAUGACAUUAUCGCUCUCAUACAUUGUUUCUAAUGAUAUUUACCUCAUUCUAUUUUUUUUUUCUUUACAAAGAUACUUGAUUUCGUUACACUUUGCAAUAUUUGUUUCAUGCAGAGCUAUAUCAAGUCCUGCUAUGUCACUUCAUCUGGGCGGAGGCUGGACUAUGGGCCAUUGCAACACCUUGGUCUUUUUCUUUUUUGGACAUCGAGUCAUAGAUUUGUUUCUGGGCUUGGGGUCAUUUUCAUGUUGUCUAACCCAAUUCUGGCUAUACUUUAACCUUCAAACAUUUGGCCUCAAUGUUUCUGACAUAUUUUUAUGUGUUCUGGACUUCAUGGAUUCAACAAGGUGUCCAGGUCCUGCGGUUACAAAAGAGUCCUAAUCAUCACCCUGCCCACCACUGUGAUGAUUACCUGGUACGACGGAUUUGUAUUGAUAUGAUGUGUUUUCACCAAAUGUCGCACUUUGGAUAAUAGCCAAAUAUAUUCACUUUAGACUCACCUGUCCGAAGAACAUUUUUCCAGAUGUUUUGUGUUUUAUUCAAAUGCAACAUAUUCUUUUUUUGAGAUAAGAGACUCUCCUGGCAAUCCAUCCAACAAAGCCAUAUAUCUGGACCAGCAUUUAUGUGGGCUCCAUGUGGACUAAAAGUGGGUAUUUUGGGCACAGCAUGGGCUUGAAAUGGGCAAAUGCCAUGUGUCACAUAUUGUUUUAGUAUUAUGAACCAAAAUGGGAAGCUUAUAUGGGCCAAAUAUUUGGAGCCCAUGUGGGAUACAUCCAUCCAUCCAUCCAUCCAUCCAUCCAUCCAUCCAUCCAUCCAUCCAUCCAUCCAUCCAUCCAUCCAUCUAUCCAUCUAUCCAUCUAUCUUUUCUUCUUUUGCAUAAUGUUAGUACAUACCUGAAUUCUUCAGCACAGCAUUUUCUGAAACAUCUGCUUUAAAGAGGUGGUCACACCGGCUGAUGAGCAUCACAUUUUAUUUGCAUCACAUGAGUUACUUGAUGUCCACAGAAGCUGAAAUGGUUUACUAUGUUUUUUCAAAUACUUCUUUUGCAUUUUGGCUUAGUUGUAAAAUAAAAGAUAAUUAUCCUAUGGUGUAAUACAGAAAGUGUUUGCCUCAUUCUUGGACCUAGUAAACACCUCGUGAAUCCUGUCCUAUGUUCUGGAUACAUUAAGCCACAUAUUGAAAAUAGCUUGGAGGAUCUAUAGACAAAAAAAAGACGAAGAAAACGAAGAAGCCGACAAAUGAAAAACAACAAACCGAUACAUCACAUAAACAUGUGUUUCAAAAGCUAAUCUAAUUAAUUACAGUCUGUGGUUCUUGGUGAUUUACUUCCAAAAUCUCCUCCAAACAUAUGACACCAAAAAGUUGUGUACAGUUUGCCACUCGUGCACAGAAACAACAGGAAAGUACAAUGCUAUUGAUUUCAAACUCCCAGUCUGAUCAUCUGCUGCUCUCAUACUCCCUUUUAUUAACUUAUAAGUCAUUAACUUUACAACAUAUCAUGCCAGCAUGUAAGGCAAUAUUUUAAUUUAAGUUCAAUUUAAGGCUUAAUUUCCCAUAGAUGGCCAUUUGCAUUAAUUUGGCAUAAUAUGCUAAAUCAUUCUGUGCCUUUGCUUUUAACACAUGCCUAUCUUGCACGCUGAAUCUGCCCUGAGUCCAAAUGACAAUUAAACAAACUGUUCAGAUGACAAACACAAGUGAACUGGGUCUUCAUGUUGCAGCCCUUUUUAUUUAAUAAUAUCAUUCUUUUACACUUCAAAUGAAACAAACAUUUACAUGAAAAAGUCCCUGUCCACGGAAACAAACAAGUGUAGACUCGCGCUCAGCAGAGUGAAUGAUCACAGUUUCCAUGGUGAUGGUUGAGAUGGCUGGAUGGCUCACAUUUAAUGCAUGCAGGUCCUUAAAGACCUUUCAUUCAUUCAUCUGUUCAUCUCAUUUGUUCUCUGCUUACUUGUGUCCACAUUGUGGUGAAGCUGCUGAAAUGAUGUCAAAGGAAAACUGGAUAAGUAGGCCUCUCAGUAAAACUACUUCAUUGUUCUAUUUCACUUUGUCGUUCUCAAUAAAAAAUGUGUUUUUUUUAACACAAAAAAAACAGAUAGAGCACUGCCACUGCAGUGAAGUGCGCCAGGACUUCAGCCACCUACUUCUUGAGGGAAUGAGUGUGAAAUGUGAAUGGGAUAGAAACAAGUGAAGUGUGACAAGGAGCGCUUUGCAUCAGAACCGUCAGCUCGAUUAGAAUUGACGUCCUGGAUGAUGUCUGCAGCACUCUGCUCCUCAACCUCACGUCCAAAUUCUGCUAAAAUAAAACCCACAGGGCACGCAAAGAUAUUUUGGUCAUUCAAAACAUAUUUUUUCUUUUUUUCUCGUUUGUUUUGUUUGUUUUUAAUCUUUUCUUGUGGUCAGGUGCCACUGCGUUGGUAUGUAUUUCUGAAUGACCGAUCUAUGGUUUCUUUUUCUCGCUCUCUCUCCUUUUUUUCCCCUUUUUGGCUGACAGUGACAUUGCAAAGAUGAGUUGAGGAAUCCUCUGAGGAUGUGUCCAGUUAUCUGAUUCUAUAAAUAUAAUGCUGGACAUGUGAAGGGUAACCUCCAAGAAAGGUUCUGUUGCAGCGAUGUCUUUGGUCAGAUGUAUAAUCCAGCUCUGAGGAAGAAUCUUUUGAACAAAGUAAUAUGUCAUAAAAGGCGAGCAAAGGAAGCUUUGCAAGUUUUGCAGCCAGGCUCUUGAUGCUGCACGGCAAAGGAAUAAAAAUGUCAAACUGAUAAAUGGUCAUAUGACUUUUUAUGCUGAAGGUGAUAGAAGCGUUAGAAAAGACUAGACAGAUAGAAAAAGGGAGGUUAUGAAACACAGUGAAGAAUGAGGUUUCAUUAGCAUUUAUCACACAACGUUCAGCAAAAGAUAAAUCUUUGGAAAAAGGGCCCUCCGACUUUCUUCUAAAGAAGCCAUCGUCUAUUUAAACAUAUACAACUCUUUUCUGUGGUGGAUGAAUGUCAACAUUGUCCUUAUUGCUUUUUAUACAAUUCCUUUUUAUUCUCUGAGAUGCACUUUAUUUAAUUUUUAGAAUGAGUCCCCCUACUGUUGUGGUGAUUCAAAUGUCAGCAAACAACGUCACUUAUCUGUUUAAAGUCAAUUUCCAAAAGCACCUGUUUGAAAAUCUUCAAGUAACCACUUUCUUCAAGUCCAAUGUUUCACACAGUACACUCAAGCCAAAUAUAUACUGAUAUGGUAGUAUUCUGAAUCUGUCUUCAGGGAAAUAGUCACUCUGUUCAACUCCUUAUUGUGUCUGGAGAGAUGUUUGUUUUGUAAAGUUUCUUAUUUUGUACAGGUAAAAUUUGUAGCAUAUAAUGUUUGUGGUUUCUUGUUUUUCAAAGCAUGUAGCGCUAUGAAAUUUUGACACACAGAAC